CACAGCCUCUCACCUCACCUCUCAGCCUCGUCACUCACAAGUCACAAAGAGGGAGCAUCACUUGCCUGCUGCGCUCUUCCGAGUUCCGACAACUUACUCCGACGAGGAAGAAAGUUCGGAGAGGGAGCUUUCUCCAACAGUAGUAGCCAUGGGAGCGCACAACGGAGUGAACAAUAUGCACGAGGUGGCGCCGAUGGAGGUGUCUGUGGAGGCCGGGAACUUCCAGGACGCCGAGCGGCUCGACGACGACGGCCGCCCGCGCCGCACGGGCACGUUCUGGACGGCCAGCGCGCACAUCAUCACCGCCGUCAUCGGCUCCGGCGUGCUCUCGCUGGCCUGGGCCAUCGCGCAGCUCGGCUGGGUCGCCGGACCCGCCGCCAUGCUGCUGUUCGCAUUCGUCACCUACUACACCGCCACGCUGCUCGCCGAGUGCUACCGUACCGGCGACCCGGAGACCGGGAAGCGCAACUACACCUACAUGGACGCCGUGCGCUCCAACCUCGGCGGCGCCAAGGUGGUGUUUUGCGGUGUUAUCCAGUACGCCAACCUCGUCGGCGUCGCCAUCGGCUACACCAUCGCGUCGUCAAUCAGCAUGAGGGCCAUCAGGAGAGCCGAUUGCUUCCACACCAACGGGCACGCCGACCCGUGCAAGAGCUCGAGCACACCGUACAUGAUCCUCUUCGGCGUUGUGCAGAUCCUCUUCUCGCAGAUACCCGACUUUGAUCAGAUAUGGUGGCUCUCCAUCGUCGCCGCCGUCAUGUCCUUCACCUAUUCUUCCAUCGGACUCUCCCUCGGCAUCGCACAAACAAUUUCUAAUGGAGGGUUCAAGGGAAGCCUUACCGGCAUCAGCAUCGGAGCCGACGUCACCUCCACACAGAAAAUCUGGCACAGCCUGCAGGCCUUCGGCGACAUCGCCUUCGCCUACUCCUUCUCCAACAUCCUCAUCGAGAUCCAAGACACAAUCAAGGCACCACCACCGUCGGAAGCGAAGGUGAUGCAGAAGGCCACCCGCCUGAGCGUGGCGACGACCACCAUUUUCUACAUGCUGUGCGGGUGCAUGGGAUACGCGGCGUUCGGCGACGAGGCCCCGGACAACCUGCUCACGGGGUUCGGCUUCUACGAGCCCUUCUGGCUGCUGGACAUCGCCAACGUCGCCAUCGUCGUGCACCUCGUCGGCGCCUACCAGGUGUUCUGCCAGCCCAUCUUCGCCUUCGUCGAGCGCCGCGCCGUCGCCGCCUGGCCGGACAGCGCCUUCAUCUCCCGGGAGCUCCGCGUGGGCCCCUUCGCGCUCAGCGUGUUCCGGCUCACGUGGCGGUCGGCGUUCGUGUGCGUCACCACCGUCGUCGCCAUGCUCCUCCCCUUCUUCGGCAACGUCGUCGGCUUCCUGGGCGCCGUCUCCUUCUGGCCGCUCACCGUCUACUUCCCCGUCGAGAUGUACAUCAAGCAGCGCCGCGUGCCGCGCGGCAGCACCAAGUGGAUCUGCCUGCAGACGCUCAGCAUCACCUGCCUCCUCGUCUCCAUCGCCGCCGCGGCCGGUUCCAUCGCCGACGUGAUCGACGCCCUUAAGGUCUACCGGCCGUUCAGCGGUUAACUUGACAGAAGAAUCUCAAGCAACUACUGCACACUAAAAUCACCGGACUGUUUGCGCAUACCAAGAGUAGCGAGUGGCGGGGCGACGUGCCGCGUAUUCCUCCAGUACAUGGUUCCACUAGGCAGGAUGAUCUUGUUCUACCUGCAACUAUGUCUUGCUAACUUUUUCCAUAGAUUAGAUAUGUUCCACACUAGAUUAGCAGUAAGCUGCAAGUGAAAUAAUUUUGGCCGCUCGUCAUGUAUGAUUGAGAGAGACUCUGAUUUUUAUUGUUUUCCUUUUUUGGUGUGGGCGCCAGCUUGAAACCUGCAAAAAGGUUUUUCUUAUGCUCCCGAUCGAUAUUCGUUCAAAAGUUGAAAUUCAGUCU